ACCGGAUUUCCUUUUCACGUUGCAAGAUGGCUGAUGAAGCUACUAGGAAAGCGGUGUCAGAGAUACCGCUUUUGAAAACCAACUCCGGUCCGAGAGACAAAGAGCUGUGGGUGCAGAGGUUGAGAGAGGAAUACUUAGCUCUUAUUAAAUAUGUCGAGAACAACAAGUCCGCUGAUAAUGACUGGUUCCGUCUAGAGUCCAACAAGGAGGGCACCAGGUGGUUUGGAAAAUGUUGGUACAUUCAUGACCUGCUGAAGUAUGAGUUUGACAUGGAAUUUGAUCUCCUGUCCCAUAUCCAGAUCCCAGUCACAUAUCCGGCAACAGCCCCUGAAGUGGCCAUCCCAGAAUUGGAUGGCAAGACAGCCAAGAUGUAUAGGGGAGGGAAGAUUUGUCUUACUGACCACUUCAAGCCCCUGUGGGCCAGGAAUGUGCCGAAGUUCGGGCUGGCUCACCUGAUGGCUCUUGGGCUGGGGCCCUGGCUGGCUGUUGAGAUACCUGACCUGAUUGCGAAGGGACUUAUUCAACACAAGGAGCAACAGAACUGCAGCUGAGGCUCAUGGGAAAUUGCCUUCACCGGUAGUGAGCAGGCGAGGGAGAGACUGAUCAUCAUACCUUAGCUUCCCCCUGGCUGUAGACCUUCCCCUCUGAUACGAAGCCCUCCUCACCCCAACCUUUUCAUAUUCAGUCAAAGGAUUUAACACUGAGCAUGAGGGAAGACAAGGAAUCUCAAUAACAAACUGAUCUUAACAUUUCUUUCCUGGGAAGCUACUACGUCAUAUAUGUAUAUAUGUAUA